UAAAGUAAUCACUAAAUAAAACCCUUCCCGCGCCUAAAACCCUAAAUAAGGGUUUGUGCGAAAAUCCAACACUUUACACCUCAGUGAAUCUCAAAGGAACCUUCAUUGUUGAGGUAAAUUCUGCAGCUAUGGAGGUGGAUAUGGAGACUUCUCCGAGCUAUUUUGAUCCCGAGGAUCUUAGCAGCAGAGAGCGCUUCCGUCGAUACGGGAAACGUCAUCCAGGGUCAAGCCUGUCUCCACAUCAUGAUAAUUCAGCCCCAAGAUUUAGUAAUGCUGCACUGUUUCUCGAAAAUAUAAAGAAUGAGGUUGAGAGUCUUGACACAGAUGUUGGGGGAACACCUUAUGAAUCCAUUUCUAGGAGGAGAACAUCCAUUGAAAGUCAUGGAGUGUCCAGGUUUGACAGUGCUGCUGAUGCAAUGCGCAGGAGGGGAAGUGAAUCCCUAAAGGUCUGCAAGCAGGAAGAGCAUGAGCAACUUGAAAGUGGAGAUACUACUUUCUCUUUAUUUGCUUCUCUGCUGGAUUCUGGUCUUCAAGGGUUGAUGCCUAUCCCUGAUCUGAUUCUACAAUUUGAGAGUUCAUGCCGGAAUGUUUCAGAGUCAAUUAGAUAUGGAGCCAAUGAGAGGUACAGAAUUGUCGAGGAUAGAUUGAUGAGGCAGAGAGCUCGGCUCUUGCUUGACGAAGCUGCUUCCUGGUCUCUUUUGUGGUACCUUUACGGGAAAGGAAAUGAAGAACUCCCUGAAAAUCUAAUCCUGUUCCCAACAACUUCACAUUUGGAGGCAAGCCAAUUUGUUUCAGUAAAUCAUACAGCGCAAUUAUGCCUCAGGAUUGUUCAAUGGCUUGAAGGAUUAGCGUCCAAAGCACUUGAUUUGGAUAAUAAGGUCAGAGGAUCUCAUGUGGGCACUUACCUCCCAAGCUCUGGAGUUUGGAAUCAUACGCAACGGCAUCUUAAAAGAGGUGGCUCAAAUCUGAAGACAAUUCAUCACUUGGAUUUUGAUGCUCCAACUCGUGAAAAUUCUCAGCAACUGCCUGAUGACAAAAAAGAAGAUGAAUCUCUUCUAGAAGAUAUAUGGACUCUUCUAAGAGCUGGAAGACUAGGAGAGGCAUGUAAUCUUUGCAGGUCUGCCGGACAGCCAUGGAGAGCUGCAAGCUUAUGUCCCUUUGGGGGGCUCAAUUUAUUCCCAUCUCUUGAAGCCCUUGAAAGAAAUGGCAAGAACAGAAUGCUUCAAGCCAUUGAACUCGAAAGUGGAAUCGGUCAUCAAUGGCGUCUUUGGAAAUGGGCCUCCUACUGUGCAUCCGAAAAAAUUGCUGAGCAAGACGGGGGAAAGUAUGAAGGAGCAGUAUAUGCAGCCCAAUGUAGCAAUUUGAAGCGCCUUCUUCCAGUUUGUACUGAUUGGGAGUCUGCAUGCUGGGCAAUGUCCAAGUCAUGGCUUGAUGUCCAAGUUGAUAUUGCGGUAGCUCGCCUGCGACCUGGGGGAAUGGAUCAAUUCAAGAGUUUUGAAGAAGCAAUUGAGAGAAGUCCAGGGCAAGGAGACCUUGCUUCUCAGCCAACAAGUGGACCAGAUAGUUGGCCACUUCAAGUUUUGAAUCAGCAACCUAGGAAUCUUUCUUCCCUUCUCCAGAAGCUUCAUUCCAGCGACACUGUUCAUGAAGCUGUUACUCGAGCAUGCAAGGAGCAGCAGAGGCAAAUUGAGAUGAAUCUUAUGUUAGGAGACAUACCUCACUUGCUCGACCUCAUUUUUUCAUGGAUAUCACCUUCAGCGGAUGACGAGAAUAUCUUCAGGCCUCAUGGCGACCCGCAGAUGAUGCGCUUUGGUGCACACCUAGUGCUGGUGCUUAGGUACUUACUUGCAGAUCAGAUGAAGGAUACUUUUAGAGAGAAGAUAAUGACAGUUGGUGACUUUAUUAUUCACAUGUACGCAAUGUUUCUUUUCACUAAGCAGCAUGAGGAGUUGGUUGGGAUCUAUGCUUCUCAGCUUGCUCGGCAUCGUUGCAUUGAUCUCUUUGUCCAUAUGAUGGAAUUGAGGCUGAAUAGCAGCGUCCAUGUUAGAUACAAGAUCUUCCUUUCAGCUGUCGAAUAUUUACCAUUUUCUCCUGAAGAUGACACAAAAGGCAGUUUUGAAGAAAUAAUUGAGAGAGUUUUGUCAAGAUCUAGAGAAAUUGGUGCUGGAAAAUAUGAUAAGUCAUCUGAUGUUGCAGAGCAACAUCGUUUGCAGAGCUUACAGAAAGCUAUGGUUAUUCAGUGGCUCUGUUUUACACCUCCUUCCACAAUAAAUGAUGCCAAGGCUGUUACUGGAAAACUUGUUCUCCGCGCAUUGAUGCAUAGCAAUAUACUCUUUCGGGAGUUUGCUCUUAUUUCAAUGUGGAGGGUGCCCGCAAUACCUAUUGGGGCUCACACGGUGCUUAGUUUACUUGCUGAGCCUUUGAAACAACCAACAGAAAUUCUUCUUUCCACUGAGGAUAAUGAUGUUUCCGAGAGUCUGAGAGAGUUCCAGGAUUGGAGUGAGUACUACUCUUGUGAUGCAAAAUAUCGUAACUGGCUAAAAAUUCAACUGACCAAUGCGGAGGUGUCACCACGUGAACUCUCAGGCGAGGAAAAGCAGAGUGAAGUCACGGCAGCUGGAGAAACUCUUACAUCUUCGUUGUUAUUGCUAAAAAGAAAAGAUAGCCCUUGGCUGGUUCCCACUCAAGAUCAUUUACAUGAAUCGGCUGAACCUGUAUACUUGGAACUGCAUGCUACAGCUGUUUUGUGUCUUCCUUCUGGUGAGUGUCUGUCCCCGGAUGCUACGUUAUGUACAACACUAACAAGUGCCCUCUACUCAUCAGUAACCGAGGAAGAAGUUCUGCAUCGAGAAUUAAUGGUGAAUGUUUCUAUCUCAUCAAGGGAUAGUUCUUGCAUUGAAGUUGUUCUUCGCUGCUUGGCGGUGGAUGGUGAUGGACUUGGACCACAUGAUCUCAAUGAUGGUGGAAUUCUGGCUAGUGUCAUGGCAGCUGGCUUCAAAGGGGAGCUGGUUCGAUUUCAAGCAGGAGUAACAAUGGAGAUCUCCCGCUUAGAUGCUUGGUAUUCAAGCAGUGAUGGUUCACUGGAAGGGCCAGCAACAUAUAUAGUUCGGGGCCUUUGUCGCAAAUGUUGCAUUCCAGAAAUUUUUCUUCGAUGCAUGCAGGUCUCUGUUUCACUAAUGGAGUAUGGGUAUCCACCAGAUGUGCAUCACGAGUUAAUUGAACUAGUCACCUCCCCUGAAACUGAUUUUCUUCAUUUAUUCAGCCAGCACCAAUUGCAGGAACUCCUAUUGUUUGAGAGAGACUAUUCCAUAUAUGAAUUGGAUCUUGAGGAGUUGCCAAGUUCUUGAUUUGUAGAAAAGAGGAUGUGCAAAACAAUAUAUAGCAGUGCGCUCCUUUACAUGUUUUGGCACUGCUUGUAAUUUAUCUCGUUUGGACGGUGCAAAACAACAUUUCUAGUCACCAUCACCUUCAUGUUUGUUAUAAAAAUUGGGGAACGACGUUCUCAAUGAUUUGCGUUAACCUACUGCGUAAUAUUUUAAAUUCUUCAAA